AUGGCCAAGCAUGAUAAACUCAAUCCCGUGUGGAAUGACCUCGAUAGAACCAUGGCCCAGCUGUUUAUGAUGGGCUUUGAUGGCACGUCGGUUACCCCCCACAUCAGGACGCUUAUUGAAGAGCAUCACGUUGGCUGUUUACUUCUUACUGCAAAGAAUCUCAAAUCGGCCGAGGACACGACGAAACUCUGUUUCGAGCUGCAAAAGAUUGCCCAUGAUGCCGGUCACCCAGUCCCCCUGGCCAUCGGCAUCGAUCAGGAAAAUGGCGGGGUGAACAGCCUUUUCGAUGAGAUCUACAUUCGCCAAUACCCUAGCAACAUGGGCAUGGCAGCAACGGGUUCGACUGACCUAGCUUUUGAGGUAGCAAAGUCGACUGCGCAAGAGAUAGCUGCUUGUGGCAUCAACUGGAUCUUUGGGCCUUGCCUAGAUGUGCUCACCAAUGCUCGAAAUCAGCCCCUUGGAGUCAGAACGGCGGGCGACGAUCCUCAGGAGGUCUCUGCCUUUGGAUGCGCUUUCAUGCAGGGCUAUAAAGAAGCUGGCGUGGUGACUCUGGGUAAACACUUCCCAUCCUAUGGCAAUCUAGAAUUCCUAGGAUCAACGCUGGAUGUCCCCAUCAUUACCGAGUCUUUAGAACAGCUCAGUCUAAGUGCUCUGAUCCCGUUCAAGAAGGCCAUCGAGCGGGGACUUGACUCCAUGAUGGUUGGCGGCUGUGCAAUGUCCUCAGCAGGCCUAAAUGCCAUGCACGCUUGCCUUUCCGAACAAGUCGUCGAUGAACUACUCCGAAAAGAUCUUCGAUUUGAUGGCGUAGUAGUUUCAGAGUGCCUGGAAAUGGAUGCUCUCAGCCACAACAUUGGGGUGGGCGGUGGUACUGUCAUGGCAGUCAAUGCUGGCUGCGACGUCGUGCUACUAUGUCGGUCUUUCUCGCUACAACAAGAGGGACUGAAAGGGCUGAAGACCGGCAUUGAGAGUGAGAUGGUCUCGAAGAAACGAAUAUAUGACUCACUCAGGCGUGUAUUAACUAUGAAGGCGAAGUGCACAUCAUGGGAGAAGGCAUUGAAUCCUCCGGGCAUCAACUACCUGGAGACAUUACAACCAUCACACACGGCCCUUUCAACCAAAGCAUACAACAGCUCCAUCACGGUGGUGCGCGAUAAAAACAGGCUUCUGCCACUCACAAACAUACUUGAGAGCGAAGAGGAAUUACUACUCUUGACACCGUUAGUAAAGCCGUUGGCUGCAUCCGCUGCAUCACGAGCGUUGUCUGAUGCUGCUACCACACACUCUCCCGAGCCUGCUGCGUGGGAGCACAGUUCGUCGGUCAUGAGUGGAGAACGAGUGUUUAGGGAACUCGGCAGGUCUUUGGCUAGACAGCGCAACGGCCGGGUGCUGCACACGUCCUACACUGCCAACGGUGUCCGACCUGUGCACGAAAACCUCAUCAACCGAGCAAGCGCCAUCAUUGUGCUGACGGCUGAUGCGAACCGGAACCUCUAUCAACAUGGCUUCACCAAGCACGUUUCCAUGAUCUGUAACAUGCAAUACACGACCGGCGGCGAACGACGGGAGAAGCCGUUGAUUGUAGUUUCGGUCAGCUCGCCAUACGACUUCGCCAUGGACACCUCCAUUGGCACGUACAUUUGUACUUAUGACUUUACGGAAACGGCGCUCAAUUCCUUGGUGAGGGUUCUAUAUGGAGAACUCUCACCCACUGGAACAUUGCCUGGCACCAUCAGCAAGAGUCAGAAGCUGCAUCCUUCAAGGCAGCAUUGGCUGGUUGAGAUUUUCAAUGAAGAUCGCGACGCAAAUGCCUUGGAUACACUGAUUACAGCCGUCAUCGACAGCACAACGCCAAACCAACGGUCGGAAUUGUCAAGCGCCACGUCGAAUUCGUUUAUCCUACAUCACCCAGAGGUGGAAGAGUCGCAUUUCGUCGUCAGGAAUAGCAGUACACAAGCGCUGUACGGCUUUUGCUCCACCUACUUCUUCAAGUCAACCGGCACCGGCGUGAUUGGUGCUUUGUUUGUCGAUCCAGCAAGAAGGAAACUCUCGAUUGGUCAUUCACUUCACAACAGGGCUAUCCGAACGCUGCUGCAGAAAGACGGCAUCAAACGUUUCCAGCUAGGGUCACGGCUACCGAGCAUGUACCUUGGAAUCCCAACUGGACACGGCAACGAACGGAAACGCCUGCGCUCAUGGUUCGCGGGCCUUGGCUGGGGCGCUGCGCUUUCCCGACCAGUGUGCAACAUGGUGGCGCGCAAUUUGCAAACAUGGACGCCGCCCGAGGGCAUGGCAAAGAGUUUGGCGGGCGCUGGAGCGCAGUUCGACCUCGUUUAUGGAUGGGACUAUGCGGGGCCCAUACUCGAUCACAUCAAGACAAGCAAUCGGCAAGGGCUAGCUGAGGUGUACAAGCUUGCACUGUCGGACCCUGCGGCCUGUGGCAUCAUUCGAGCAAAACGGCCUGAAGAUGGGGCGCUGGUGGGCACGGUAGUUCUGUACAACCAUCAAUCGCGGCUGUCCGAGUAUAUACCCCCGCUGAAGGAUCUCAACGAGGCUGCUGGUGGUAUUUCGUCGCCCGUCAUUUCGCCGGGGGUAGGCGAGUACUCGACACUGCUGCAAGGGCUCAUUCUUCUUGGCAUGCGGCAGAUCAAGGCUCAGGGGUGCAAUGCCUGUGUGCUCGACUAUAUGGAUGGCGACGGUAACUUUGACGGCUUCUCAGCCAUGGGGUUCGAUGUCAUGCACAAUUUCGAGGAGGUGAGCUGUGACGCUGCUACCUGGACCAUGAUUCCGCCAGCUUGA